AUGUCCAACCGCCAUGUUCCAGUGAAUCUUUUUGGUGACAAUGGGAUGAGGGCCAAUCUACCUAUAAAUCUGAUCAAUGUCGCAGACACGCAGGAGAUCCCAAACUCCCAGGAAAUAUUCGUGUACCGUGACUCUGGUGCAAGCAUUAUUAUCGACAUCCUCCAAAAAGUCGAUAUCGAAGAUCCGGAAGCGGCAGCAAAAUUCCACCUCGAUGCAAUAGCAGAGGACAAUGAUUCAAUGGAACAUAAUUCCAUCAUUAUUCAAAGACCCAUCACCAAUGAACUUUCUCCAAUUUUGCUCGACGGAGGUCAGGUUCUACAGAAGGCCGGGUCAAUCCACCACCUUCGCACCCUAUUUUCUCUUUUCCGAGUCAAAGGAAAGAACCACGAUGUCGUUGUCUCGUUCAACAUUCCGAUUGGAACGGGACAAGGCCGUGGAAGAAAUGGAGCCGUUACGGUGGAACAGGAACAGCUCAUCGUAUCGGAUUUCUUCAAGGCAGUAGAUUCUCUGAGAGUUGUCGAUUACAACCUUUUCGCAGUCUAG